UCUUGACAUGUCAGCGUGCUCCUCGCAGCUCACAUGUCAGGCUUCCUCUGACGAUGAAGACAGGAGGAUGAAGAGGAGGGAGAAGAACAGAAGUGCUGCGCAGAAAAGGAGCAAGAGACAAACACAAAGAGCUGACAUGUUGCACCAGGCGUGUGAGCAGCUUCAGCAGAGGAACACAACUCUGAGGCAGGAGGCACUGUCUCUGCGCGAGGAACAACGUAUGCUGACUGAAGCUUUGGGGGCCCAUGAGCCUGUCUGUCCCACCAUGCACUGCCUGCAAGAUGACGUCAUCAUGUCCUGCGUCCUCUGAAUCCUUGUUACCUCAGCUGCUUCCUCCGAAAACCCCGUAUAGAUCAUUAAUGUUAUGUUAUGCACUCUAUUUAUGCUUGGUAACCACACCUUUUUGAAGGGAAUCUGUAGGAAUUCGUAAGGUUGACCUUUGGCUUUAGUGAUGUUACAUACAUAACAUUGUUGUAACUCCGGGGGUGACAAUCAAAAACGUUGAAAGAGCCGUAUUGGACCAAGAAUACAAAAAACAAAUCUGUCUGGAGCCGCAAAAAAUUAAAAGCCGUAUAUAAGUCUUAUAAUGAAGGCAAUACAUGACGUGUCUAUAUUAGCUAUAAUAGCCUACUAUCAAAAUGACUAUGUGUCGCAGGCUGAAGCAGAUCUUCAUUGACAGAAAUGUUGAAAUAUAAUAUUUAUUCUACACAUUUUUACAACAUUGGAAAACAUUAGUAAAUCAGAGGCUACUUAGAAGGUGAGAACUCCUGGAAAUUAUCAAUCAAUGUUUAUUUAUAUAGCCCUAAAUCACAAGUGUCUCAAAAGGCUGCACAAGCCACAACAACAUCCUACAUAAGGGUAAGGAAAACUCACCCCAGCGGGACGUCGAUGUGAAUGACUAUGAGAAACCUUGGAGAGGACCGCAUAUGUGGGGAACCUCCCCACCCCCCUCUAGGGAAGACCGAAAGCAAUGUAUGUCGAGUAUGUCUGACAUAAUAUUGUGAAAGUCCAGUCCAUAGUGGAUCCAACAUAUCAGCGAAAGUCCAGUCCACAGUGGAUCCAACAUAAUAGUGAGAGUCCAGUCCAUAGUGGGGCCAGCAGGAAACCAUCCCGAGCGGAGACGGGUCAGCAGCGCAGAGAUGUUCCCAACCGAUACACAGGCGAGCAGUCCACCCCGGGUCCUGACUCUGGACAGCCAGCACUUCAUCCAUGGCCACCAGACCUGUGUAACUCCCCCUCCACAAGGGAGAGGGGGGCAGAGGAGAAAAGAAAAGAAACGGCAGAUCAACUGAUCUAAAAAAGAGGGUCUAUUUAAAGGCUAGAGUAUACAAAUGAGUUUUAAGAUGGGACUUAAAUGCUUCUAUUGAGGUAGCAUCUCUAACUGUUACCGGGAGGGCAUUCCAGAGUACUGGAGCCCGUAUAGAAAACGCUCUAUAGCCCGCAGACUUUUUUGGGCUCUGGGAAUCACUAAUAAGCCAGAGUUCUUUGAAUGCUGAUUUCUUGCCGGGACAUAUGGUACAAUACAAUCGGCAAGAUAGGCUGGAGCUAGACCGUGUAGUAUUUUAUACGUAAGUAGUAAAACCUUAAAGUCACAUCUUAAGUGCACAGGAAGCCAGUGCAGGUGAGCCAGUAUAGGCGUAAUAUGAUCAAACUUUCUUGUUCUUGUUAAAAGUCUAGCAGCCGCAUUUUGUACCAACUGUAAUAUUUUAAUGCUAGACAUAGGGAGACCCAAAAAUAAUACGCUACAGUAAUCGAGACGAGACGUAACGAACGCAUGAAUAAUGAUCUCAGCGUUGCUAGUGGACAAAAUUAGAUGAAUUUUAGCGAUAUUACGGCUCAGAUAAGCCAAAGGUAUAGAUGUGUGUGUCCAAGUUAAAGGAAACGGCAGGCUGUCUUCUUUUAAUAGAUUUAGUGCAAUCUUUGGCAAGCUAGGUAAUGUUUGCUGUGGUCUGGCACAACAUGGCACACAAACAACUAUCUGAAUAUAGCCAAUAUUACAUACAGAUAAUGUGUCAUGAGACAUGCAGAACUAAAAUAUAUACAAAGAGCAUAAAAGUAAAGAAUAUUAAAUGAGCUCAAAUAUACCUACAAAUGAGGCAUAAUGAUGCAAUAUGUACUACAUACAGCUAGCCUAAAUAGCAUGUUAGCGUCGAUUAGCUUGCAGUCAUGGAGUGACCAAAUAUGCCUGAUAAGUACUCCAGCAAAUCAAUAAAAUCAACAAAGCUCACCUUUGCGCAUUCAUGCACAGCAUAAAACAUUUGAUGAACAAAAUGAGACAAAGAAGCAGUUGCAUAAAACACGUCUUUCUGUGGCAGCAUCGGAGAAAGUUGUACAUGUAAACAAACUACGAUGAGUUCAAGGAUCGCUGAAAUUAGUAGGACACAACGGUGCUUGCCAAAUAUCUCAUCAGUGAAGCAUGUAUAACAUAAACAGUGGGAUUUCUAACAAUUAGGAAGGUUUGGGUCAUGUUUGUUCUACAGAAAAUAUAUUAAAGCAAAAAAUAUAUUUUAUAUAUACAUAAUGUUUUUCUUCAUCUGUUUCCAUUUUCACACAUCUCUGAAAGAGUUUUAGGGAGCCACUAGGGCGGCGCUAAAGAGCUUAUCUUUCUAAUAUUAGACUCAUUCAUUAUAUAUAACAUUUAUUAAAUAGAUUAAAAAUGAGCUUUAAUGGUACGUUUUUGGAAAUGAUGCAGUCCGCCUAUAGAAGCGUCAUGAGAGGGUCACAUGACACGCACUCCCAAAUGUUUUCUUUCCUAAACGUCACUUUACGACCUGAUUAGUUCAAGCAAUAUACAUUAUGAUACGUUUUGUAACACUUUUGGUGUCAUGUGACUUCCAACGUGUCACAAAUAAACGCAAGCAACUCCGCUGUGACUUUCUAUGUAGUACAGAAUUGAACCGCGAGAGGCCGCGAGUCACGCACACCGCGCUGUGUUGAAGACGUCAUGAGACAGCGUCCUCUAGCGGUGGCACCAUUAUCUUCAGUAAAGUAUUAAUAUUGUAAAUGUUUUAUUAGUUAAGUUAUUUUUUUGCAAUGCAUUAAUGUGGACUUUUAUUUUCAAAUAAACCAGAUUAGUUAAAGACUUCAGAUAACGUUUGAUUGACACUUUUACGGUCAAUGUACAUAUCCUACCAAUUCAGUCCUACACUGUUCCAAUGUCCAUUUCUCUGAUGAUGCAAUUGUUGAUGACUGAAGUGUUGAUAUCAACCUAACCUCUCCACAUCCCACACCCCGGAUUGUAAAUAAUUCAAUGUAUAUACUGAUGAUUAUCUUGUGUGA